AUGUCGUGUCCAGUACCAUUUCUAUCAGCGGCAGACUUUCCGCCAACAGGAGGAUAUCUACCGGGGCGACUUUGCAGUGCCGUCACCUCGACCCUGACCUGUUGCCUGCCAUGUAAUAAACAAAAGUGGACAUACACGAAUGAGUUCAACCGCAACCUCGACGUCGCCUUUUGGCUGAAUGUCCCGAGCUUGAUUGCUCUCGUGCUGCUACUCAUCACUUUUGCCGCUUUGCCGGCCAAGCAAAGUCACAGGCAUUACCUCAAUAUUGGGCUGUGUGUCGGGCUAAGUCUUCUUUGCAUUGCGUUCGUGAUACCAUUGGCCUCGAGACCGGAUUUUUGCUACAAUGAGAUUACACCGAGGGACAUGCACUCAAGCACGCAGUGCGGAUUCAGCGGCGGCUUCUUCAUUGCGGGGACUCUCACUGCGACCACUUGGGUCCUCGCAAGGUCGCUCUGGAUCCAUCUCCGCCUCUGCUGGAACUUCAAGGACGAGCGCAUCCUCAUGUGGCCCAUGUGCUUCGUCGGCUGGGUACUCCCUAGCAUUUUCUUCAUCGUUUCCAUGAUCGUAACUGAAGUCGCCUUCCGACUCGGCGACACCUGCCUUCCCGGCCAGAAGUACCCAUUCCUCACCUAUCUCGGCUGGCUCAUGGCCUUCGGCAUCCUGGCUCUAAUCUUCCAGCUCGCCACGACAUUCUACUGUCUCUGGAUCUACCUACGCGAGGUGAUCGGCGGACCGGCACCAGGCACCACUCGCAGCGGCACACAUGGCCGAUUUGGUCCGGCCGUGAGCAACACUCCCACCGCCCGCAAGGCGACAUGGAGGAGGACCAAGGUGGUGCUGAAGACCCAAUGGCGCAGCAUUCUGCUCUCUUUCAUUGUCUCUGCCGAUACAGUGCUUUACGGAUCCAUCUUCGCAGCGCAAGAUGCUAAGACGGCGCGCAUCAUGGCUGGAACCGAGGACAGCCGGCUUGUGGAGUGGGCGACUUGCCUGAUCCUGAAUGAUCUGGAUCCGAACAAGUGCAGAGGCAUCCCGAAUCUUCUCAACGAGAAGGCUUUCAUCUCGAACUUCAUCCUGGCAGCAAUCAAUGGAAUGCUGAUCUUCUUGGCGAUGUAUCGCACCUCCAUGGCCACAGGCUGGUGGUACAUCAUC